UCUGAUAUGCAGAAGAACAGCAAUAAAGUAUCAACUUCUUCAGCUCCCACAGAUUAAAAUAUUAUCACGUGCUUAGCCACAUGACCACACACUGAAAUUGUAACAACUAAUAUGGAAGUCAGGAUUGUAACAUGAUACGGUCAAAGAAGCAUCACAUGAUGAUCCACUUGCAUUGGAUUCCCAGUAUAUUUUUCAAGAAAUUUAGGUAUAUAAACUUCAAAAACAAGAACUUAAUCACCCCAUCAAAUUUCUUCUGUCAUCGUUUUAUCAAACAAAAGUGAAAAGUAAUCAUAAACAUAAUUAUGAGGUUCCACUUGAGAAUGAUGAUCUCGUUAGUUCUUGCACUAGUUCUGAUUCUGCAAUCUCACCUGCACGAAGCGCAAGGAGCCCGUCUCAUGACAGAGACAAAAGCAUCCUCUAAAAGUAUAGAUUCAUCUACACAAGCUUUUAGAAGUUUGCAUCCAGAUGAGAAGAAUCCAUUCAAGAAGGUGAAAUCAAGCUUUCGAAAAGUACCUCCAAGUAGAUCAAAUCCCACGCAGAAUAAGUUCAAGCCUCCAUAGGAUUACUGAAGACAUAAUCAACCAAGAGUACCCGCCAACAAAUUCUUUCAUUUUGGAUUUGACGUAGUUAGCUGAUGUAAUAGAGUUUAUGCUUUUUAUCGCGGACAAGGCUUUUUGCACCUUGCAAUGCAACCAGUUUUGAUUUAGUCACAUUUUGCUGUUUAAUGUAAUUCCCAACUUAGA